AUGAGCGAAGGAAGUAUUGAUGCUCUCCACCGUGGUUAUUCUCCAUCUCGUCCUUAUAAAGAUGUCCUGGCUAUCCCACGCGUCAUUGACGGUAUCGGAUACGGAUUAUCAGGAGAAAGCCGAUAUGCUACGCUAGUGGCCACCCUGGCACAGUCAAUUGCCAUGCCCCGACAUGAUGCCGAUACGAGUAUGCAAGAAUCAUCGACGGGUCCAUUCUCAAUAUUAGCGGCUUGUCCUAGGGCGGAGGGAGUUGCAAGCUUGGAAAUUCUCGUUACGAGUCCAAAGAGCGAAGGUCCAAAGCCACUUGUUCCCGUCGUCGAUCUUGUCCCACUUAUAGCUUCUGGUAUCGAAGCUCCAUGGAUGUCCAAGUAUGCUCGGCAUGCUUCUUCGGUAGUAAGAGUGGCCGAGCAACUCAUCAGAAGAAGCCAUCACCCGUCCUCAAAGAAGAGCAGGGCUGUCUUUGUGUGCGACAAAAUGAGUCCCGCGUUUGAAUUAUUCCCCACCCUGCUCAAUCCAGCCGCUAUGGUGAAGCAACUUGCUGAGUCGCCACAUUCAUUGAAAAAAGGUCAGACAGCAGAUGAAGAUACAAUCAAGACAGCAAUGUUUUUGAGCCGAGGUCUAGCGGUGGCAUGUGGGGCUUUUGACAGGCAGAGCAAACAGGGCCAUACGACUGCGUUUCCCGACCAGCGAGAGCGUGAUUUGUCACUGCUCCUGGAAAACUACGCCAGAAAUCGACAUAUCUUCCCUGACUGCAAGAAUGUUUCGGCAUCAUUGGUCCGCCGGCUUGCUUGA